UUAUCUCGGGCCCUUCCCGUUUCCUUUCUCUUGAGCUUGCUCUCCACCCACAACACUCUUCUGUCCCCAAAACACGAUAAGACUACGACGAAGGACCAUCCCCAGCCUAGCGAGGUAUCAGGCGUAGCCAGAAAAACCCGUCACCAUGUACGCCGCAAAAGUACACCGUCACAGGAAACGUCUCUACCUAGAGCCCCCCGUCAAUGGCUCCACGACCGUCCGGAGGAAAGUCACCACGAUCGUUCCUGCGUCUGAGCAGCAAGUGGCAGUUAUCGAGAAACCAGCUAAACCAGCUCCUCCGCCCCCGGUACACGUGCUCGAGCCCGCACCGCCGCCACCACCGCCGAUGUUCUAUCCAGAGCCUCCUCCACCAGUCGCUUAUGUUCCAACUCACCCGGCACCACAUCACCACGCCCCUCCCGUCUACGCUCCGAUGCCCGCCCAUCCUCAUCCGCCUUCGGUUUACGUCCCGGCUUCUGAGCCCCAUCACCAUCACAACCAUGGACAUCACAACCAUGAACAUCACAACCAUGAACAUACCCUACGGGAGACGGAAGAAGACGUUAAAUACACACACACUCACACACACACACCUCCUCCACCUCCACCGGUCCUAUACGACGACGAGCACGCAGACAUCAUCGACGUAAUCGCCGUCGACGUCGAAGAGAAGAAAAAGAAGAAAAAGAAGCGUUCCAAAUCGCGGCACGCCGAGCGCAGCCGCAGCCGCGACCGCGAAGUCAUCAUCGAGCGCGAGGUGCGGGUCCCCGUGCCCGUUCCCGUGCGCGUGCCCGUCCCAGUGCCGGUGCCAGUAAAAGAGGAGCUGAAGACGUAUCGAUACGUGGAGGGUCCCAAGCAACCGAAGAGGCACGAGUCACUACCGCCGAGGAGGAUGAGGAGUCCGCCGCCGCCAAGACCGCCAUACCCGUGGGAGCAGCAGGACAGCAGGAGUUCGACGAGGUCGGCGUCGACGGUCAGACAUAGGAGUCCGUCGAGGAUGAGUAGCACCACGGGCAGGAGUAGCACGACGAGCUUGGAGAGGGAGAUGGAGAGGAUUAAUAUUACGAUUGAAGAGGGCAGGAGGGCGAGGUUCGAUAGGGAUAGGGAUAGGGGGAGGGAUAGGAGUUGGGAGAGAGGGUCGUAUUACCGCUGAUGAUGCUAGGCUUUUUCGUCGGUGUUUCUUGCAUUUUCUUCGGUUGAUGUCCUCUUUCUUGGGGGUUGUGCUUGGAGCUUGGAGUUCGUCCCCUUUGGAUUGCGAUGGCCGGAGGAUAUGACCUAAUGAGGGCGUCUUUUUCAUGACACUUUUAUGAGUUUAUGUUACGCAACGAUACCUAUCUAGUUUAGCUACGAUGAUGAUGAUGAUGAUGAUGAUGAUGAUGAUGAUAAUUAUGAACAUAACAUUUUUCAUUUAUUGGAGGUUGAUUUGAUGGCACAUGCCAA